AUGCUGCUGGUUGUGGUGGCGGCUCACAUGUGGCUGGGCAGACAAAGCCGGGGGAGGGGCGGGUGUGGAGUGGGGGCUGGUGGAAGCAUCCUGCUCAUCACUGCCUCUGCCACAGCUCGCUCGAAAACACCGACUCGCAGCGGACAAGACAACUUUUUGGACACGCUUUUUGAGGAGAAGUUUUCCCCCCUUUGCUCUGAGCGCACACACGAACGAGGAAACGCGCUGAGCCAGACUGCUUUUGUGUCGUGGUGCAAGCGUGCGGAUGUUCCUCCUCCUCUCGCACAUGGAAAGUUAGUGGACAGCACAGCAGCAGAAGUCCUCUGA